UCGGCAAGUUUCGAUCUUUUCUACCAUUCUUGCGACAACAGCACAACCACACCCCAACCCCACCGAUACUCCCCAAAAUCCUCCUCGAUCAUGGCGAAAAGUGCACGCGCCAGCGGCAUCAAAAAGAACAAGCAAGCCCUGAAGAAGCGAGUCUUUGGACCCGUUGAAAUCGCCCGCAAUGAACGCCUUUCCGCCAAACUGCUCGCUCUCGCCAAGCAGCCCAAACCCGAGCGCGAAGAGAUGGAUGUACAAUUAGAAUCAGAGAAGAAGAGCUCCAAAAAGUCCAAAUCCGACAUUGAUCCGGCCUCGAAUGCAGAAGGUGGGAUGCCCAGUCUUUCUGCAAACUCUCCCCUCUCCUCCAUGUUACUACGAUCUCUGUCGCCUCAUACUGCCAUCGCGGGACAACAAUUACAAACACCGCCGCCCACACCGCCAGACUCUCCCCGCCUUGAGGACAUUGCUCACGAGCAUUUCUAUCUGGCCCUCGGCCUGUCCACCGAUAUUGACGGCUUCACAAACACCGGCGAACUCGAUAUUGGCGAACUUGAUCUCGCCAGCGACUACGACAGCAUCGAUUGAAACUGGGAUAUUGAAAUGGACUCAAAGACCACCACAUCGAAGUCGACGACGAUGACAACGACGAAGAAGAGGAAGAGACUGCUACCAAAUCGCAACUUAGCAAACGCGAGAUCAAACGUCGCCAGGUUGAUCGUGCCGCCCGCGUCGAGAAAAAGCGCAAGCCGCG